AUGCCGAAGAAAAAAUUAGCCAUUUCUGGUAAAUUAAUAGAAGUUCGCAUGCAACGCGACUUAUUUGCACAGUUGCUUUUAAUUUCUCUGGAGCAAACGUUAAACAUUGAUAAAGUUCUGUCGUAUCCACUAACACCAGUUCCCUUAGCUAUGUGCCAUGCAGAUGGGAUAAUUUGUAAAACGGAUAAAUCAGUUUUAUUAAAAAUACUCGAAAAAAAAACUGACAGCAACACACCACAAAGAUGCGACGUACUUAUUUAUGAUGGCUUUUUUAUGCUCCAUGCAUUGCAAGACGUUCCAUCUACAUUUGGGAAUAUUUCAAAGAAACUAAUACAAAUGUUCACGAAUAAUCAUGCGCGCAUUAUUAUAGUUGCAUUUGAUCGUUAUUUUUCGCCAUCGAUUAAAGAUAUCGAGCAUUUGUUAAGAGGCAGGGUUAGAGGUCAACAGUACCGUAUAAAUGGGCCCGAUCAAAAUAAUGAAGUUCUACGAACCCUCGAUCACAAUUUAUCUUGUCCGGCUCACGAAGAAGCUGAUACGAAAAUUGUAUUUCACGUCUGUGCGUUAGAUUUCGAUGCUCCCGUUACGAUAAGAUGCUCAGACACGGAUAUUUUCGUGAUAAUGCUCGGCAAUAUGAAUGCGAUUGCCAACGAUAUGAAAAUAACUAUGCACAUUGGUUCCGGAAAUUCCCAAAGAUUCGUUAAUAUCACGAAGUUAUAUGAAAAAUUGGGAACCGAUUUGUGCUCUGCGUUGCCAGGUUUUCAUGCCCUCACAGGCUGUGAUUUUAAUCCCGCAUUUUACAGGAAAGGAAAAAAAAAGCCUUUACAAUUGUUGCGAAAAUCACAGGCGUAUAUGCAAGCGUUGGGGGAUACCGCAAAUAUUCCGAGUCGUGAAUUAGACGAGGUCUUCAUAACGAUUGAAGAAUUUGUUUGUCGCUUGUACGGGUUUAAAUCGAUAAACGAUGUCAACGCUACACGCGUUGCUACCUUCGCGAAAAAUUAUCAAAUCAAUGAGAAAAACGACGUGCUCAAGUGGAAAAGCCAUAUCGACGGGGCGAUCUUCCCACCAUGUAAAUCCGAGCUACGCCAGCAUUUACUGCGCACGUCAUACAUAGCGCACCUUUGGAGCCAUGCUCACCUUCAAGAGCCAUCUCAAUUAUCUCCCACGGACUGGGGAUGGGAAGAAAACGACGACAAAUAUGUCUUCAAAUGGUUCGAAGGAGAUCAAGUACCCGUAUCAGUCACCAGUAUAAUGGAUAGCAGCGAAAAUAUUGGCGGUAUGGAAUUUUUGUCGGACAGUUCGGCCGAUGAUUCGUCAGACAACGAUGAUGAUAGCGAUACCAUCGACAACGAAUAA